UGGAGUGUCAGCCGUAAGGUUCGCCACGCCCUCAGCGCCCGGCUCCCCCCGGGUAUCUGCAGAAAGAUCGGCUCCGCCCCCGGGCUCCCCCAGAGAGUUGGUAGAAGGGUACAUCCCGCCUUUCAGCGUCUCUACUCCUGUACCCAAGCCUCGGGAGAGUCUGUUCCAAAGAAUGGCGAGUCAGGAGAAGACGGGUAUCGCAGGCCACAUGUUCGACGUAGUCGUGAUAGGAGGCGGUAUCUCAGGACUGUCUGCUGCCAAACUCCUGUCAGAACAUGAAGUUAACGUUUUGGUUUUGGAAGCUCGUGACAGAGUUGGCGGAAGAACAUACACUGUGAGGAAUGAACAUGUGAAUUACGUAGAUGUUGGCGGAGCUUAUGUUGGCCCUACCCAGAACAGAAUCUUGCGCUUGUCUAAGGAGCUAGGCAUUCAGACCUACAAAGUGAAUGUCUCUGAACGUCUCGUUCAGUAUGUCAAGGGGAAAACUUAUCCAUUUCGAGGUGCCUUUCCACCAGUUUGGGAUCCUAUUGCAUAUCUGGAUUACAACAAUCUGUGGCGGACAAUGGAUAACAUGGGAAAGGAGAUUCCAGCUGAUGCACCCUGGCAGGCACCACAUGCCGAAGAAUGGGACAAAAUGACCAUGAAGGAGCUCAUCGAUAAAAUCUGCUGGACAAAGACUGCUAGGCGGUUUGCUUCUCUUUUUGUGAAUAUCAACGUGACCUCUGAGCCCCAUGAGGUGUCUGCCCUGUGGUUCUUGUGGUAUGUGAAACAGUGCGGGGGCACCACUAGGAUAUUCUCUGUCACCAAUGGAGGCCAGGAACGGAAGUUCGUAGGUGGCUCUGGACAAGUGAGUGAACGGAUAAUGGACCUCCUCGGGGACCGAGUAAAGCUGAAAUGUCCUGUCACCUAUGUUGACCAGUCAAGUGACCAUGUCAUUGUAGGGACAUUGAAUCAUGAACUUUAUGAGUGCAGAUACGUAAUUACUGCCAUCCCUCCAGCCUUGACUGCCAAGAUUCACUUUAGACCAGAGCUUCCAUCGGAGAGAAACCAGUUAAUUCAGCGACUUCCAAUGGGGGCUGUCAUUAAAUGCAUGAUGUAUUACAAGGAGGCCUUCUGGAAGAAAAAGGACUACUGUGGCUGCAUGAUCAUUGAAGAUGAAGAAGCCCCAAUUUCAAUAACCUUGGAUGACACCAAGCCAGAUGGUUCGCUGCCCGCCAUCAUGGGCUUCAUCCUUGCCCGUAAAGCUGAUCGCCUUGCUAAGCUCCAUAAAGAAAUAAGGAAGAAGAAAAUCUGUGAGCUCUAUGCCAAAGUACUGGGAUCCCAAGAAGCUUUACAACCUGUGCAUUAUGAAGAGAAGAACUGGUGUGAGGAACAGUACUCUGGGGGCUGCUACACAGCCUACUUCCCGCCUGGGAUCAUGACUCUAUAUGGAAGGGUGAUUCGUCAGCCAGUAGGCAGGGUUUACUUUGCCGGCACAGAGACUGCCACACAAUGGAGCGGCUACAUGGAAGGAGCAGUCGAGGCCGGAGAACGGGCAGCAAGAGAGGUCUUAAAUGCUUUGGGGAAGGUGGCCAAGAAGGACAUAUGGGUUGAAGAACCUGAAUCAAAGGAUGUUCCAGCAGUAGAGACCACCCACACCUUCUGGGAGAGAAACCUGCCUUCUGUUACAGGCCUGCUGAAGAUCAUUGGAUUUUCUACAUCAGUAACUGCCCUGUGGAUUAUAGCGUACAAAUUCAAGCUUCUGACACGGUCUUGAAGUUCCUUCUCAUGCUUUCUCCUUAGGCCUCAGUACCAUCAAAAGGAAAAUGCUGACAAAGGCUAUGUCAUGGGGCAAUUUUUAAGUGCGCUUGAUUUAGCCCCCUUUAAUUUAGUCUCAAUGUUAAAGUAAAAUCAACCCAAAGAAUCACCUAAUUAAUUUUAGUAAGAUCAAGUUCCAUCUUUUUGUCUAUGUAGACUAACUCAUGUUGAUUGAUAGAAUAAAGCCUGGUGAUCGCUUUCAAAAAGUUGAAAUUGAUGUGUUCAUUCAAAACAAUUUCUGUGUCCUAUUUAUGUGCCCUUUAAUGCAAAAUACCUGAUGAUUUCAAAAAGAAAGCAUUUGACUUUCUCUCUAUAGAAGUGGAAUAAAUUAAGAUCCAAUCUGUGACUGUCCUUUUUCUGUUCUUAGGUGAUGGUGAAGUAUUGGUACAGAGCCUGGAGGCUCACAGCCACAGCAGGCCCCCCCACUCUAGAUCAGGAAAUAAAGGAAAGCACUGUGGGGCCAGGGGCUUGUAGGCCCUCAAACCAGUCAGGGGCUGCUGCCUCAGGAAGCUCCUGAGCCCUUAACAAUUGCUGUGAUUUUUCUAGACCUCUAGUCUCAACACUAGCUUAUUUGUAUGUUUUUCCUCUUUUGCAUCCUACAGAGGAGAGUUUACUGAGUCAUAAUGCUUCAGUUGACUUGCUGUGACUUGUGUACCACUCCCCAAAUGAGUGAAGUGGCAGGACCAUUCCCCAGGAGGCCUCCCAGCCUAGUAUGGCUUCAGACCAACUACUAUGGGCAUCUCUUCUUCUCCUUAUAAGUCAACUAGGAACCAAUCAAUCCUUAUUAGUGAUAACAUUCUAUGUUGGCUUCAGGAGAGCAGUAUUUCCUUUUUCCAGGUGACCCCUGGCUGUUCGAAGGCCACAAGAGGCGUAGAUUUUUUUUCUUAUAACCAUAGAAUUAGACAGAUCUUCUAGCUUGCAUAUGCCUUCAACAUGGUUACCUUUGUGUAAAUAAUUUCUCUCAAGUCCUGAACACAUGGUAUAUCUCUGAUUAUUAUUUGUUAAGACUGUCAAAGACAGAAAGGAAAUUAAGGCUGUAUAUUAUAACUGCACUUGCUUUAGUUAUUAAGUUUUGUUUUUUUUUUGAGACAGAGCCUCAUGCUGUCGCCCUGGGUAGAGUGCUGUGGCAUCACAGCUCACAGCAACCUCCAACUGCUGGGCUUGAGCAAGUCUCUUGCCUCAGCCUCUCAAGUAGCUGGGACUACAGGCACCCACCACAAUGCCCAGCUGGUUGUAGUUGUUCUUGUUGUUUGGCAGGCCCAGGCUGGAUUGGAACCUGCCAGCUCUAGUGUAUGAGGCUUGAACUACAGGUGCUGAGCCUAGUUAUUAAGUCUUAUAAAAGACAUGAAAUUUUGUGAUUUUAUAUAGAAAGACUGAGUUCUCUAUUUUAGGAGUAAUGUGGGGUUCUUAUCUUUCUCAUUUUCAAAACAAUUCUAUUUUUAGAAGCCCCUCCUAAAGGUUUCAAUCAUAAAAUACUUCUUUUUUUUUUUUUCUGUCGAGACAGAGUCUCACUUUGUCACCCUUGGUAGAGUGCCAUGGUGUCACAGCUCACAGCAACCUCCAGCUCUUGGGCUUAGGCAAUUCUCUUGCUUCAGCCUCCCGAGUAGCUGGGACCACAGGCACCCACCACAGUGCCCAGCUAUUCUUUGUUGCAGUUUGGCUGGAGUCGGGUUUGAACCCGCCACCCUAGGUACAUGGGGUUGGAGCCCUACUCAUUGAGCCACAGGCGCUGCCCAUAAAAUACUUCUUUUUAAAAAAUAUUUUGUUUUAUUUAAGGAGAAAAUUAAAGAUUGCCAGAGGAAACCCCACCGAAGCCAAUUUUAUUGCAUCAUUAACUUUAUCAUAAAUCCAAACUUAAGUCACUGGACUUUGGUGCAAGGACUUUGGUCUUCCAAAGUUUUGCCUGUCCUAAGAGCUAGAUUUUUCUGCCACUGUUUACCUUGUAAUUCAAAGGCAUUUUUGCUAAGUUAGGCAUUUUGUUAACAUCUUGGACAUGCUCCAGUACAUAAGGAGUUGCCACAUAAAACACUAAAAUGAUUCAAGAAAUCUCUCCCUAAUCUAGUACAGUUGUCUCUAUUCACUUACUGAUUAACUCAGUCCUAACACACCUUUGGGGAAGUGUUAAAGUCUUUAACUGGCAACAGUUUUAACAGUAAUCAGAUUAUUAACAUAUUUGUAUCUUGAAUGUUGAAGGACUUGUUAGUAUGUGAUUUACCCUCUUCUCUUUUUUGAAAAAUUGAUUUAUUCUAAUUAUGUCAACCCUAUUAAGCUACAGAUUGGGCAUCAAAAUGAAUGCCAGUCCAAAUGUGCCUAGACAGGAAAUUGGAGCUAAGAACUCCCCAUGUAAAGCUGUCCAACAUGAAGCUACCAUAGGUCUUUUCUCUGAACCUGAAAAAUAAAGUCAGUUAAAGAGGCUGAUAGUGGGGCAGUGCCUGUGGCUCAAAGGAGUAGGGCGCUGGCCCCAUAUGCCAGAGGUGGCGGGUUCAAAUCCAGCCCCGGCCAAAAACUGCAAAAAAAAAAAAAAAAAUGGCUGAUAGAGCCUGGCUGUUCAGCUAUUCACUUUAUAGUUCUAGAGGCUGAGUCAGCCUUACUCCAUAGUUUGCUGAAAAAAUAGAUUUCAAAAGUUCAUCUAUCUGUCACAAUUAACUGUUAAAUAAAGACUCAUACUCCACUAAAGAAAAAAAAUCAUUGAAGGAUUGUAAAGUUAUGUUUAGUUUGAUUGUGAAUUUGGUGCCUAAUGUUCCAUGUCUGAAGUUUGCCCUAGUGCUACAUGUGGGAGUAUGCAUAUGUGUGUGUUUUGCCAUUGAAGUAAGAUCUUGCCUAUAUGGUACUGUUUUGUUUGCUAAUAAAGUGCACUACCCAUCCCUGAUUCA